CCCCAGGUGCGGGAAACUUGGCUCUGACAAACCUUCAAUUUGGCCUGGCGUUCGUUGUGCGCGUGAGCCUCGCCCUCCCACCCGCUCCUCCUCUCUUCCCCUUCUUCUCAUCCACCGCCGCCGCCGCCGCCUCUUCUCCUCCCACCUUCCGCUACUUAAUUACUCAUUUCUUUUCUGAGCCCGUUCCUCUGCUGGCUGGAGGAUAGGCAACUUGUCCUUUGCGCUUUUCGUCCGUUGCCGACCCGCUCCCUGGCACGUUACGUCAGAGGCCGCACGGACAACUUCGACAUCCUUCCGCCUGACAGGUCGUCGUCGUCGCCGCCGCCGCCGCCAUUUCUACAGCAUCGACUCGACCGUAACCAUCCCAACCAGAAUCGACUCGGCUCGACGCUGCCAUCCCAGCGCGCACGCCGCGGCCAUGGAUAAGAUCCCGCGGCUUCGUCGCAAGCCAAAGCCUCCGGCCAUCGAGACGGCCGUCGAGCGCACCAGCCGAGACUCGACGGGCAGCGAUGGGGACCCCGAUGCCCCUCACUAUCAGCAUCACGGGCUCUCGCCGGCCGUGGCGGUCUUCGCCAACCACUCGCUGCACAAGUCGGCCGGCGCCUCUCCUGCCAAAAAGUCGCCUCUACGAAGCCUUAAAAUACGCGCUUCGACCAAGCGCGCCCGUGGGAUCUCGCCGGCUGACCACACACCCAGCUCACCCGUUGCCGCCGUCUUCAGCCAUGGCAGCGUCGCACCGCACGCCUCAGCAUCGCGAUCCCCCCACCACGGCCGCUCCGACACCAAAAGCCGCCCGAAACCAGAGAUGCCGGGAUUCUUGGCGCAGUCGACUCAAGAGAUCGAUCGCAAGUUUCAGGAAAUCACCUGGGCCGAGCGUAUCAGGGUCGCCGACGCCCUGCGGAAUCAAGACGUCGAUAACUACCGGUGGGGGCACUACCCGCAAUACGACCCCUACCAGCGAAGCAUGGAUCGCUACAGCAACAUCCGUCCGUGGAAUCACAAUCGCGUCAAACUCAGGGUUGCGCCAGACGAGUACGACUACGUCAACGCCUCAACCAUAACCCUCCCAUCUCCAAGCGACGAGACUCUGGGCCCACUACGCUACAUCGCCAUGCAAGGCCCGACCGAGCCCUCCUUCGACUGCGUCUGGCGCAUGGUGGCCGAGCAGAUGUCCUCACCCGCAGUCAUCAUUCAGCUUACAACCAUGAGCGAGAACGGCUGUAUCAAAUGCCACCAAUACUUUCCGGAUUCAGAGGAAGAGUCGACCUGGACGCUCAACGAAGCCGACGGCUGGGGCGACGGCUGGACUGCACAGCUGACGUACACGUCCCUGCAGACGGUCGACAACGGUGCCAUCGAGAUUCGCAAGCUUCUGCUCGACGUCGAGGGCGAGAAUGAGACACGAGUGAUUUGGCACUUUUUGUAUCGGCAGUGGCCAGACUUUGGCGUCCCGACAUUUGAUGACAUGGGCAGCUUCUACAACCUCAUGAAGCUGUCCCGCGACUAUUCCGCGCCGUCCAGUCCGCGCAUCGUCCACUGCAGCGCCGGCGUCGGUCGCACUGGCACCUUCAUCUGCCUCGAGCACCUCAUGCGAGAGCUCGAGCUUGGCGCCUUCGACAAGUACGACUCAUCCGCCAAGUCGGCAGACCCCAUCUUCGACACGGUCGAGCUGCUCCGCCAGCAGCGUCGCGGCAUGGUGCAGAGUGACAACCAAUACCAUUUCCUUUACACUGUCAUGCGCAGGCUGUGGUGCGAGAGGCACGGUAUUGCAGAAGACGACGGCUACGGCGGGGGCAGUGAGCCGGCGGCCAAGAGGCUCGAGGUCGCGGACCCGUUCACGGACAACGGCGACGAUGCCAAGCGCUUCGCUUCCAACGCUGGCAGCAGCCACGGAGUGCCGAGGUAGCGACUCGGCCCGAUGCUGCGUUCAAGGAGCACAACCAACAGCGACGCAGACCCGUCACGCACGGAUGCGUCGCCUAAGACAAGGAGCGAGUAACGGACGAUCCUAAACUUGGAGACACCGAGUUGGAUCCCCCGAUAUUGGACCUUUUUGACCUUUGUACCUAUAAAUUUUGCAGCUUUGCUUUCAUUGCAUGCAGGGCGCGGACUGAUGUGCACGCACACACCGCGGAACGGGGCGCGGCGUAUGGGAUGAGGAUUCAGGGGCAUGGGACUUGAGGCUGGCUGCGGCCUUGGCUUCGGCCUCCACGUUGGGAUCAUGUUUUGCAGCGAGGCUGGUGUAGGGAGCGAUCCGGUGAGCUUGCUGAGGUUUUUCUCAGCGUCAUACGUGUCACAACCAUGGUUUAUAGAUGAGACUGGGGCUCAUUGUCAAGUGAGGCCCGAACCAAUGUCCCGCGAGGGACCCCAUUUUACUUUCAUGUGCUUCGUCCAUGUUUUAGUUGUGUGUUGAACCGAGGUACAUUAUAUUAAAUCCCAGUAGUCUGAGGUCUCUCCCACUACUUUCUGCUACCAAAGCAACCACACGACUGCGUGACUCGAUAAUAAAGCAACAGCUAAUUUUGCCCACCGAUGAAUGAACACUGAAUCAAGUGCUCAAGAUCCCAUGCCCUCAAGGGGGCACAAACAAGGCU